CGCUUCUCUCGCCUCUGUGGGACGCGUGCUCCGCUGCUCUGCCUGUGAUUGUUGUGGCUCCUUGUCACACGGAGAAAGUUCCCGUCGCAGUCAAGUCAUUGUGCUUUGUGUUCAUUUUAAAAAAGACCAUGGCCGACGCCCAGGAGGACAAGCUAUACAAGGCGGAAUACGCCAAAAGCGGCCGCGCAUCGUGUAAAAAAUGCAAAGAGAACAUCGCCAAAGACUCGCUGAGGAUGGCCAUCAUGGUGCAGUCACCCAUGUUCGACGGGAAAGUCCCCCACUGGCACCACUUCUCCUGCUUCUGGCUGCGCGCGGCGGCCCAGUCCACGGGCGACAUCGCCGGGUACUCGGAACUCCGCUGGGAGGACCAGGAAAAGGUCAAGAAGGCCAUCGAAACCGGUGGAGCCGCAGGAGGUAAGGGCGACCAGAAGAGCGGAGCUAAAGGAGCGAAGGCGCUGAACGACUUUGCGGUGGAAUACGCCAAGUCGAACCGCAGCACGUGCAAAGGCUGCGAGCAGAAAAUAGAAAAGGAUCAGAUCCGCGUGUCCAAGAAAACCGUGGACCCCGAGAAGCCCCAGCUGGGUCUGAUCGACCGCUGGUACCACACGGCGUGCUUCGUGAGCCGCAGGGAGGAGCUGGUCUUCAAGCCCGAGUACAACGCCGCGCAGCUGAAGGGCUUCAACGCGCUGCGGGCAGAAGACAAGGAGGAGCUCAAGAAGAGGCUCCCGACUGUCAAAUCUGAAGGAAAGCGUAAAUCUGACGAGGUGGACGGAGCAGCGAAGAAGCAGAAGAAAGAGGAAGAGGAUGAGAAGAAAAAGCUCGAGGAGCAGCUGAAGAGUCAAAGCCAGCUCAUUUGGGGGAUCAAAGACAAGCUGAAGAAACAUUGUUCAACCAACGAUAUGAAGGAGCUGCUGAUUGCAAAUGGCCAAGAAGUUCCAUCUGGAGAGUCCAACGUGGUCGACUGCCUGGCCGACGGCAUGGCCUUCGGUGCCCUCGAGCUCUGUAAGGAGUGCAAGGGCCAGCUGGUGUUUAAGGGUGACGCUUAUUACUGUAAAGGCGACAUUUCAGCCUGGACCAACUGUGUGUUCAAAACCACAACGCCCGUACGCAAAGACUGGGUCACCCCCAAGGAAUUCCACAAAGUCCCUUUUCUGAAAAAAUUCAAGUUCAAGCGGCAGGACAGGGUUUACCCCAAAGAGGCUCCCACACAAAUCCAGAAGACGGUCAAGUCUGAACCCAGGGCGAGUGCAUCCAGUGCAAUGACGGAGCAGCUGCCAGAGGGGGCGCCUUCAGACAAACCUCUCACUGGUAUGAAAAUUUUGGCCGUGGGAAAGCUGUCCAAGAACAAAGACGACCUGAAGGUUGCCGUCGAGGAGAUGGGUGGAAAGAUCACCGGCACCGCCAACAAGGCCUCCCUCUGCGUCAGCAGCAAGAAGGAGGUGGAGAAGCUGAGCAAGAAGAUGGAGGAAGUACGGGACGCCGGCGUGCGCGUGGUCUCUGAGGAUUUCCUCACGGACGUUAAGUCGUCAGGCAAAGCCGUCCAGGAACUCGUCUCGGUGCACGCCAUCUCACCCUGGGGCGCUGAGGUUAAGGUCGAAGCUCCUGCUCCGGCUGUGGCCUCCAAGUCUGGAGCCCUGGCAUCCAAGAGCACAGGGAGGGUGAAGGAGGAGGAAGGCGGCAGCAAAGCAAAGAAAAUGAAACUGACGGUUAAAGGUGGAGCUGCUGUGGAUCCAGACUCAGGUUUGGAGAACAGCGCUCACGUCCUGGAGCAGAAAGGGAAGAUGUACAGUGCAACCCUGGGCCUCGUUGACAUUGUCAGAGGAACCAAUUCCUACUAUAAACUGCAGCUGCUGGAGGAUGACGUACAGAAACGGUACUGGGUGUUCAGGUCAUGGGGCAGAGUGGGCACCACCAUCGGAGGCAACAAGCUGGACAAGUUCCACACCAAGGACUCUGCCCUGGAUAAUUUCCUGGGUCUGUACAAGGAGAAGACGGGCAACGAGUGGGGCUGCUCCAACUUCACCAAACAUCCCAAUAAGUUCUACCCGCUGGAGAUCGACUACGGACAGGAUGAGGAGGCAGUGAAGAGGCUGACAGCUACCGCUGGAGCGAAGUCGAAACUGGCCAAACCUGUACAGGAACUUAUCAAGAUGAUCUUUGAUGUAGAGAGCAUGAAGAAAGCCAUGGUGGAGUUUGAGAUCGACCUCCAGAAGAUGCCUCUCGGCAAGCUGAGUAAGAGACAGAUCCAGAGCGCUUAUGCUCUCCUCACUGAAGUACAGCAGGCUGUUUCAGAUUCUGUCCCCGAGGCUCAGAUACUGGAUCUCUCCAAUCGCUUCUACACCCUAAUACCUCACGACUUCGGCAUGAAGAAACCUCCACUACUCAACACCCUGGACUACAUUCAAGCCAAAGUUCAGAUGUUGGACAACCUGUUGGACAUCGAAGUGGCGUACAGUUUGCUGAGGGGAGGGGCCCAGGACAACGAGAACGACCCCAUCGACAUCAACUACGAGAAACUCAAAACCAGGAUUGAGGUUGUCGACAAGAGCACGCAUGAGGCCGAGGUCAUUAAGCAGUAUGUUAAGAAUACCCACGCUGCUACACACAACGCCUACACGCUGGAAGUCCAAGAAAUCUUCAAAAUCGUCCGAGAGGGCGAGCACCAACGGUACCGUCCCUUUGAGGAGCUACACAACCGUCAGCUGUUGUGGCACGGUUCCCGCGCCACCAACUACGCUGGUAUUCUGUCUCAGGGUCUCCGUAUCGCCCCGCCAGAGGCCCCGGUGACUGGUUAUAUGUUCGGCAAAGGUGUGUACUUUGCUGACAUGGUGUCAAAGAGCGCAAACUACUGUCACACCUCCCAGUCAGACCCCGUCGGUCUCAUACUGCUGGCCGAGGUUGCCCUGGGCAACAUGCACGAGCUGAAGAAAGCCUCUCACAUUACUAAACUACCAAAGGGCAAGCACAGUGUUAAAGGUUUGGGUAAAACUGCUCCUGAUCCAGGUGCUACUGUCACUUUGGACGGGGUCCAAGUACCUCUGGGAAAAGGAACCAACACGAACAUUGAUGACACAAGUCUACUGUACAACGAAUACAUCGUGUAUGACGUGGCGCAGAUAAACAUGAAGUAUCUCCUGAAGAUCAAGUUCAACUACCAGACAUCCCUGUGGUGAGAAGAGGGGCCGCCUCCGAACCCGCCCUUGCGUGAAAAUAGACCACUGUUGCCUCCAAAUGCCCCGGGCUUCAUUCUCUGCAACCGUAAGAUGUUUGGCAAAGGAGGGAUGCUACACCAUGCUUGACACUGGUCGUUUGAAAUCUCUUGUCACUUUAUUGCUAUUGCAUCAGGUUUGUUAGCAGCCACCCUUCCGUAGUAAUACUUUAGGUACUUAAAUGCCUACGUCUGACUCAUUCGUAAGUCUCAGUACAGUAGUUGAAGCACGUCACUAUGGUUCAUAGAAAGGUCCAGUGAAAGAUUUCAGGAAAUAUUGGUAGUUCUCUGUCUCACCUCUUUAUAUUGAAAGAGCUCGUCAGUCAGGACUGGUUAUUCUUUAAUAAACGUGUAGUUACCAAGGAAAAUUUAGAGAAGGUUGAGAUGAGAACAGGGACUUUACAGACAUAAACAGACCAGUGUUUAUUUUGACGGUUAAAUAGCCACUUAGAUUCACAUUUUGUAGACCGUUGGUUAAGAAGAUACUGUACAAGAUACUGACAUGUGUGUAUAUAUAUAUUUGUUUUGUUCUGUUUCCGUCUCAAACUGUCUUCCUUCUUGAAAAUAAUUACAAAAACAAAAAAACAUGGUAAGUGUUUCUGCAACGGAUUCUCUAACUGCCAUGCUCUGUGUUAAAACUUUUCUUAGUCUUUUUUCUUGCUUACCUCAAACAAAAUAAAACAUGGGCAAACAGAAAAAUCGAA